GUGGUUUAAAUACCUGCAGCGCCCAUUAGCGGUAGUGUGCGGCAGAGCAGCGGGAACGCAGACGGGUACAAUGUCACUGGAGAGAUGUCAAAGUGAAUGGAAAGAAAUAGAGCAAGAAUAUGAACAAUUACAGGAAACACACAAAGUCUACAGACAGAAGCUAGAGGAACUGACAAACCUCCAGGCAUUAUGCAACAAUGCCAUUGGCAAACAGAGAAAAGGUCUUAAAGAACUCAAGCAAAGUCUGCAUAAGUGUGCAAGUUCGCGGAGCGACAAAGAAUCUGAAGAUUUAAAUGACCUACAAGUCCGAAUUAAAGAGAGGCAAAAUGUCUUUUUUGACAUGGAGGCCUAUUUGCCAAAGAAAAAUGGGUUAUACUUAAAUUUGGUCCUGGGAAAUGUGAACGUUACACUGCUCAGCAACCAAGCCAAGUUCGCGUACAAAGAUGAAUAUGAAAAGUUCAAACUUUAUAUGACUAUAAUACUAUUGUUCGGUGCCGUCACAUGCCUCUUCUUUCUCAACUAUCGGGUUUUCGAUGAGAUCUUAAACUUUUUAUUGGUUUGGUACUAUUGCACAUUGACAAUAAGGGAAAGUAUCUUGAUGAGCAACGGCUCACGAAUCAAAGGCUGGUGGGUUUUACAUCAUUAUGUCUCAACCUUUUUAUCAGGAGUCAUGUUGACAUGGCCAGAAGGUCUAAUGUAUCAGAUGUUCAGAAGUCAGUUCUUGGCCUUCUCCAUUUAUCAAAGUUGUGUGCAGUUUCUUCAGUAUUAUUAUCAGAGCGGUUGCUUGUAUCGGUUACGAGCUCUGGGUGAAAGAAACCAGCUGGACCUUACAGUUGAAGGUUUUCAGUCGUGGAUGUGGAGAGGACUCACGUUUAUUCUUCCAUUUCUAUUUUUUGGCCAUUUUUGGCAGCUGUACAAUGCUGUGACACUUUUUAAGCUUUCUGCCCAUGAGGACUGCAGAGAAUGGCAGGUGUUCAUGAUGGCCUUGACGUUUCUCGUCUUGUUUCUUGGAAAUUUUCUCACUACUCUGAAAGUGGUCCACCAUAAAAUCCAGAAGAACAAAGGCAAGGUCAAAACCAACUGAUUGGAGGGCCAAUUGCAGAACACACAGACCUCAUGCAAAACGCACAAAACUGUUUUGUCUGGGUGUCCAGGAGCUGUUUUGAAAGGGGGGUCAAAUGCUGCCACCUCCCAGAAACAACAUCAUCAUCAUCAUCAUCAGCUGCGAUGGAUGCUCAAGAUAAUGUCACGUCGCCCUUUCGUCUACUGUGUUAUUUAUGCAAUAUCAGCUAUCAGAGGCGCUAACCACUAAAAACCAUCGGAGUUGCAAACACUAAAUCCUCAAUACCAGAAGACUUCGAUUCAUUUUUAUUUUGCUCCCGUGCAUGUUUACAAAAGCCACAUUUUAACUUUAUGCAAUGCAGCUGGAAGGUUGUAGUACAUUGCGAGGAUUUUUGCGUUACUGUUUUUAAUAAAGCUAGAUAGUCAUUAACUUGCAACAGACCAAGACUUGCUCUCCGAGAAACAUUUAAACUAAAGCAUACUUCGUAUUUUAAUAAAAGGACGAGUGCGUUUCUGCACGUUUUGGCUUGUCGGUGAAUCUAUUGAGAAAUCUUGGAACAAAUCGUGGUCACGUGACGUGUUGUGACACCUUAAAAAUAUGGAUUUGCAUUUUAAAUAAUGGCAAUAAAGCUCCAUUAAUGUUUCUGAGUCAAUUUGGAUAAUUUCUGUUGCUUUGUAGUUUCCACCUAUAUUCAAAAGUGUAGAUAUUCAGCUGAAUUAAAAAUGAUCAGGUUAAAACGCUGAAUAACUUGCAUAAUGUGUUGUUGAUUUUAUUUUUAUUUUUUUUAAGGAUGCUGUUACAAUUACAUCUGCUGUGAUAAGGUGAGCUGGUUCUUAAUCGUGUAUGAUUGUGCUCACAAAUGUAACGUGUACAUUUACUGUCCAUUGUAAGAUGUCAAAUGGGAUUUAUAGUUGCUUAUGGCUUCAUUGACGAAACCUUACUACAUUAUAACACAGCCGAGUAGUGAAAGAAGUAACUAAAUUCUGCCUUAAUGCUCUUAGUUAUUGCCUGUUCACACCUGGUUUUAGUUCGUGACAAAAUCAUGGUUUUCUGAAUUAUUUUCUCCAUCGACUGUAUUUAAAAGAAAAAGCUGUACUUAAAGGGACAGUGAUCCUAUGUCAUAUUUGUUAACACUGUGUAUGUUUUGUUAUGUGUUAAAAUCACUAUGUGCACUUUUGGCUUGAAUAUAAAUCAAAGAGCCUUGAACUGGAAUAAAACAUUUCUAGAAAAUCAAUCUGAAUUUCCAUUCACCGUCCACUGUUACAAGGCAAAUAAAAUCAAUAUGAUGCAA